AUGGGCAUGGCCUUCGAGUUCGUCAGUGAGGCACCUGUGGGUCACACCCUGGCCUUCGAGAUCCCUGUCGGGACGGAGAUCGUCUGGGUGAGCCGUGAAGAGAUGGUCGAGGUGCUCCAGUCGCAGGAGAUGCCGGCUUCCCUCGAGAGGCGCUUGGAGGGGCAGUUGCGCAGGUCUGCCGUGGACAAGGGGAUGGAUGGCGCGCUCACGCAGAAAGGAAGCAGGCGGCGCAGGCGGCGCAGGACGGGGUGCACGAGCGGACAGGUUGGUGCCAUGGCAGGAGGUGCAGCCGCCGCGGCCGUCGGAGUCCUGGUCUGCGCGUUCACCUUCAUCGGCUGCUUCACGGCGGCGCCGUUCCUGGUGAAAAUCCGGGCCGGGCGAGAGGGGGGUGCUUGCGACUGUUGGGCCAACGGCGAAGUGGGGCAGCUCGCCUGCGCGCUGCGGUGA